AAGAGAGAGAAGGUGGGCAAUUAACUAAUAACCUCCACCAAACUUGAUUUCUAACAGUUCCUCAUUCUCUCUCUCACUUUUUUUUUCCCCCAAAUUUGUUGGCUUUUCUUUUUCCUAAGAAUUUCUCCUCCAACCUCAUUGUCUGUGUUUUUCUUUUCCUCACAAGCACGCCCAUAAACACAGCCUACAGCUAACUUUCUCUCUGUGUCCUGAAUAUUCUUUCCCGGAAACUGGAACCCACCUCAUAAGAUCUCACCCCCAGACAUGUCGGUGGGCAGUGAAAUUUGAAACCCAGGUUAAAAGAUCUGGGAGGACCACAUAGAUCUUUGAAAAUCCUGUGAUUUUCUCCUUCUGGGUCUUUUUUUUUUUUUUUUGGUUUAAUCAUGGGUUGGAAAUACAGGGCUGGGUUGCUCCUCAUAGCUGCUGUUGUUGUCAUUUGGGUUACCUCUGCAGAGGUCACCCAGGAUAUAUUUACAGACUACAAGCAGCCAUUUGCUGUAACGUAUCUUGGAGCUUCACUUAUGGUAAUUUACCUCCCAAUAGCAUUGAUUAAGGAUUGGUUCUGUAAUUUACUGAAACAUCGAUCUUCAAAAGGUGGUAAAGGUGCAGAAAGCAUAAGUGAUUUUUCUCUAAAAUACAAUGGAGGGCAGAAAGACUUUGAAUUGGAGCAUCAAGGGACUUUGACUAGAAAAGACAGUGAAGCAACCCUUUCACCACAUGCAGAAGGAAGGCCAUUGGUUUCUAGACAUAAAGAAGAUUUGGAUGUCCUGAAACAUGAUAAAGAGCUUACAACCAAGGAAAUUGCUCGUUAUGGAUUUUAUAUAGCCCCAAUCUGGUUUGUUACAGAGUAUUUAUCAAAUGCUGCACUUGCACGAACAAGUGUUGCAAGUACAACUGUAUUGUCCUCUACAUCAGGACUCUUUACUCUUUUUAUUGGAGCAUUUCUUGGACAGGAUUCUUUAAAUGUAGCCAAAGUGCUUGCUGUCUUUGUUAGCAUGGCAGGUGUUGUAAUGACGACUCUGGGAAAAACUUGGGCUUCAGAUGAGUCAGAAUUAGGUGCUUCUGCAAAUGGGAAGCGCUCUCUUGUUGGUGAUCUUUUUGGCCUUCUCUCAGCUAUGUCAUAUGGUCUAUUUACAGUGCUGCUAAAAAAGUUCGCUGGUGAAGAAGGUGAAAGGGUUGAUGUGCAAAAAUUGUUUGGAUACAUUGGAUUGUUCACACUUGUAGCACUGUGGUGGCUUGUUUGGCCAUUGACAGCCUUGGGAAUUGAGCCUAAGUUUCAAAUUCCUCAUUCUGCUAGAGUGGAUGAAAUUGUUAUUGCCAAUGGCUUAGUGGGAAGUGUACUCUCUGACUACUUUUGGGCACUGUGUGUGGUAUGGACAACCCCACUGGUGGCCACCUUGGGCAUGUCCCUAACCAUUCCUCUUGCUAUGGUGGCUGACAUGGUGAUCCAUGGCCGUCAUUAUUCAGCAGUUUACAUUCUUGGCUCAACUCAGGUGUUUGCAGGUUUCGUAAUAGCUAAUCUUUCCGGCUGGCUUUCUAAGAAGUUGGGCUUAUAACAUUUGCUUAUAACUCUUGUGGUUUGGUUUGGCAAUCCUUAAUUCUUUUGUGGGGCUAUACUCUCAAAGCCGUUCUGCUCGGAUGCCAAAUUCUUGAUUUGUUCUGUUCUGGGAUUUCUGCUCAUUGAUCGGUAUGGAGCAUUGGCAUCUGUUCAGAGAGGGAUAAUAAAAAAAAAAAAAAAAAAAAAA